GCUGCUGCUGCUGCUUCUGCUGUUGGCAGAGAGGGAGGGGAACUACAGUCCUCUCUCUGCGUCCCUCUUCCUGUUUUGCUCGUAACACCCCCUCCGCAGAUAGGAGGCGGAGACGGAACUGGAGCCUCUGGGAUUCCUAGCUGGGUCGGUUCCCCUUGGCCGCCUGCUGCCGCCUCCGGCAUGUGGCCGCGUCUCGGGAGCAGGCUCCGGCAGGGCUGCUCUGCGCUCUCCCGUCUCAGUCAGGCCGGCGAGCGUUGGGGCCCAUGAAGAAAGAUGCCUCCAGCCUCCAAGGCGAAGGAGGGGGAGCCUACCUCCGCCGUGCACUCGCAGCUGGUCAAGCUACUGUCCGCCCUCUUCUACGGGACCUGCUCUUUUUUUAUAGUUCUGGUAAACAAGACGGUGCUGACCACUUACAGUUUCCCAUCACCCUUAAUUCUUGGAAUUGGACAGAUGGCAACCACUAUAGUGAUACUAUAUGUAUCUAAGCUAAAUAAAAUUAUUCAAUUUCCUGAUUUUAACAAAACCAUCCCUGUGAAGCUGUUUCCUCUGCCUCUCCUUUAUGUUGGAAAUCACAUAAGUGGAUUGUCAAGCACAAGUAAACUGAGCUUGCCCAUGUUUACAGUUCUCAGGAAGUUUACCAUUCCACUUACAUUGUUCCUGGAAGUUAUCAUACUCAGAAAACACUACUCAUUGAACAUCAUAGUUAGUGUCUUUGCCAUCAUUCUUGGGGCUUUUAUAGCUGCUGGCUCUGAUCUGAGUUUUAAUUUGGAAGGCUACAUUUUUGUAUUCCUUAAUGAUAUCUUCACAGCAGCAAAUGGAGUUUACACCAAGCAGAAAAUGGAUCCAAAGGAGCUAGGAAAAUAUGGAGUGCUUUUCUACAAUGCCUGUUUUAUGAUCAUUCCAACAUUUGUUAUUAGUAUUUCCACUGGAGACCUUCAACAGGCUACUGAGUUCAGCCACUGGAGGAACAUUUUAUUUAUCACGCAGUUUCUUCUUUCCUGUUUGCUGGGGUUUCUGUUGAUGUAUUCCACGGUGCUCUGUAGCUAUUACAAUUCUGCACUAACAACUACAGUGGUGGGUGCUGUGAAGAAUAUAUCCAUUGCUUACAUUGGAAUAUUAUUUGGUAGAGACUACAUUUUCUCUGUGUUAAACUUUAUAGGACUAAAUAUUUGUAUGGGAGGAGGAGUGAUGUAUACAUUUUUAACGAUACAAGGCCCAGAGCAUCCUAAACAGCAAGUGGAUGAAGAAAAUAUACCUACUGAUACAAAGCUAGAAUCUGCUAUUGCUUGAUGGGUUGACAGGGAGAGCAGCAGAUAGAAAUUCACACAAGUGGGAAAUAAACUUUUACAUGUUAAGCAUGUGACAGAAUGUUUUACUGAAUGGAAAGAAAGUCUACCUCAUCUACCAUUGUGUGAAAAAACUGUAUGAAAGUCGAUUUUUGCAAAAUAGUGAACAUAGAGCAGAUUUUUGGUUUCAAAGGGAGAAUAUUUCUAAAAGAAAAUUUGUAGGUUUCUAGACUUGACAUCUUUUCUUUCCUAAAAGGUUUUCUUCGUUCUAAAACUUUUGAUCUUUAGUAAAGACAUCAGCUUCAUUGCCAUCAUUGCCUGUUUAUACAGUGGGUUGUACUUCACCCAAGAUCAGAUUAAGAAGAAAAAAAGACUGCUGUGAUAGUAAGGGUUUUGUACCAGACAACUUGCCUUAUAUUUCAAGGGUCCCUGAGAAAGUGCUCAUGAGAAGAAAUCCAUUUUAACAGAAAUAUUUUCAAAGAAUGAUCACCAAAAUUGGCAAAUGAAUUACCUGUCAGAGUCCAAUAAAUUUUACUCUGAUGUUA